CCCGCCUUCUAUCUUUUAUUUAUACUUUUGAAACUCCUCAAUUCAAGAUUGUGGAGCACAAAUCUCAUACUUUCAACGAAAUGGCCCAAAAGUGUGUCCAUCAAGGUUGUGGAAAGGAGUUUACGGACCCCGAUGAGAAGUGCGAGUACCACCCCGGUCCGCCUGUUUUCCACGAGGGACAGAAAGGAUGGAAGUGCUGUAAGCCUCGAGUAUUGACCUUUGAUGAGUUUAUGGAAAUUCCGCCAUGCACGACAGGCACUCAUUCAAUCACCGACAAGCCUCCUCAGCUAGAGGAGAAGCCCCAGCAGGACGAUGCUGCCCUCGCCCAGAAAAUUGAUGCGUUGAACGCUGCGACUCCUUCUCGUGCACCAAUUCCCACUGCUCAGCAUGCUCCCACCCCGCCUCCCCCAGCUCCUGAAUCGGAGGACGAUGAUCCCAGUCUCGAGAUUGCCGAUGGUGUUGGUUGCAAGAGAAGAGCAUGCGGCGCAACCUACAAGAAGAGUAGCUCGCGAGAUAAUGAGGAGUGUGUUCACCACCCAGGAGUGCCAAUCUUUCACGAGGGAAGCAAGGGCUAUUCCUGCUGCAAGAGGAGGGUACUGGAGUUUGACCAGUUCAUGAAGAUUGAGGGUUGCAAGACCAAGGACAAGCACUUGUUUGUUGGUAGUGGAAAGAAGGACGACGCUACCAGCGAGGAAGUCGUUUCUAACGUUAGACACGACUUCUAUCAAACCCCGGUCAACGUCAUCGCCUCUUUCUUCUUGAAAAAGAUUGACAAGGGUACCGCAAAGAUCGAACUCCAGCCCAAGCAACUGAACCUCGACCUGACAACGACCGAUUCGCCUCCUAAGCGCUACGCUACUGAAGUUCCUCUUUACGCCUCAAUUGACCCAGAGAAGUCAUCCUACAGAGUGCUUGGUACGAAACUGGAAUUUGUCCUUGCCAAAUCUGACGGCACCUCGUGGCCAGUUUUGCGAGGGGAUGAGGCCCUGACAGGCGAGAUCCUGCAGGUUGGCCGUGCUGGAAAGGCUUGAUGGGUGCAGUUAUCAAUAACGAGAACAUUUAAGAAGAAGAAAACCAUGAUAUGGAGUUUGUGUGAUUGAUAUGGCGUUGAUGAAAUUUUAGAUGAGAGCAUUCCUCACUAGAGGUUUCAAGGAUUCAAAGACUGGACUAACAAGAGAGAUGAGAUCGAAGAUAGAGAAAGAACGACAGUUACCAAAUCCUAUGACUUUUGGCAU